ACAUCAUUGGUAGUGAUGAUACCCCUUAUUGUGGUGGAAUUUUUAAACUUGAUAUAAAUAUUCCAGAAAGGUAUUGUAGUUUACAGUAUUUGGGAUAUUUCCGUAAAAUGGUUUUCUAAUUUUAUGAUCACCUAUAUUCCUGAUGAAAAUAGUGCUGUACGGCAAAUCUUGUUUUGUAUUUUGUAUUUUAGCAAAUCUUUAUAUUAAGACUUUGUUUAGCUAUUAUAUAGACAUACUGUAUAUAUAUAACUCGCUAGUCUCACUAUUAUUUAUAGUACUUUACUAUACCUGCAUACUGUACAGAAGCUCCAUGCAUGUUUUCUCGGCAAUAAUAGUAGCGAUUAGCCUUUUGCAUGGCCGAUUUUCCCGCCAUUUUUGCGGUACUGCCUCUCCCACGUUUGAGAGUCUCCGCACCACGAAGUGCGACUUUUUAGCAUUAUAAUAUUUAGCAUUAUAAAUUAUAAUGGUAAAUUGACUCUUUCUCGGCAGAAUACAAUAAGCAUUUUGCGGAUUGUUUUCCCCUAAAAAUAAGUGAACACUCUUCCAGAAAAUUGGAAACGCCCUGAAUUACUAAAAACAUGUUCCAGAGCACAGUGAGAUAUUCUAUUUACUUAAAAAAUGGACAAAUACAUCUCAUGCGAGAAAAAUGUCCACAAAUGUAAAAUCUCAUAAUAUCCUAUGCUAAUAGUUUUGCCAAAAAAAUUGACAUGUUGCAAAAAAACCAUAAAAGAUCAAUAUUUUCAACAGGUUUGAGCAUAAUAAAACUACAGGAGAUUUUGGUCAUUUUUAAAGCAGUGAUUACCAUAUUAAUUGUUGGUUUGGAUAAAUCGACACCAAUGUGAAAAUACACUAAAUAGUUCAUUUUUCAAAGCAGUUGUCACCGAUAUGUCGAGACCACAUUUCCACAAGGUUGAUAAAUUAGGAAUAUUUUGCAAACAUAUUAAUUGUUGGUUUGGAUAAAUCCACGCCAAUAUGAAAAGGCACUAAAUAGGUUAUUUUUCAAAGCAGUUGUCACCGAUAUGUCGAGACCACAUUUUCACAUGGUUUAUAAAUUAGGAAUAUUUUGCAAACAUAUUAAUUGUUGGUUUGGAUAAAUCCACGCCAAUAUGAAAAGGCACUAAAUAGGUCAUUUUUCAAAGCAGUUGUCACCGACAUGUCGAGACCACAUGCAGAUAGAUAGAUAGAUAGAUGGAUAGAUAGAUAGAUAGAUAUUUUAUUAAAAGCCACUUUGCAGCCACUUUGGCUGAAUUACGUAGAUUUUUACAAUAGUAUAUAACUUUAAAUAUUAGACAUGUUAGUCUACUCAAUUAUUAUAAUAUAUCAUGGAUGGCACAAAAGUGUUCCUAAAGCGGUUAGUGUUAGUCAUUGGAAGAUCAUAGAGGCGUUUGUUUGUGUCUCCGAUUAGUGAUUAAGUGUCCCCGAUUAGUGAAAGUUGAUCUUUGGCUAUAAGACAUGACACUUUAAUAAAGUAAUCAAUCAAUCAAUCAAUUAAGUUAUAUUUCGCUUGGUGUUUUGGCGGCAGCAGUGCAUGGAGUUUAUGGUCACUGUCAGUUGAUAUUUUAAGGAAAAGCUUUUCACACAGUGUUUGUCUUCGGACCGAUAAGGAGUUUAGUCCAGAUUGCUGCAGGCUCUCUGAAUAUGGCUGCCCUCUGUAAAUUAUAGCCAAGGAUCGUUUUUGUACUCGCUCAAGAUCGUCAGACAAGUACUUUGGUAAAGAGUGUGGAAUACCUGUGAUGCGUAUUCGAGAGUGGGUCUAAUACAGGUACAAUAAAAGUUAACAAUAUCUGCCUCAGGAAUAUCUGCCUCAGGAACAUCUGCACGUUUGAGUUGGACCAAACAAUACAGACGUUUGUUCGCUUUCUUAAUGACAUGGUCGAUAUGGAGGUUCCAUUGCAAUGAGUUCGAGACUAUCAGGCCCAGAAUUUUUACGUGAUCCACUAUUUUGAGUGGAACGUUGUCUACUCUAAUUGGGUCAAACUCCUGAUGAACACGCUUGAAGUCGAUCCUCAGCUCCUUGCAUUUUUCUGCGUUCAAGUGCAGUUUGUUGUCUGCUGACCAUUUCUCAACAGACGUGGCAGCCGAUUGAGUGUGGGUGAGGGAAUUCUUUGGAAUGAUUUCCGAAAUUGUCGUGUCGUCAACAAACUUCCACGUACUGAUGCUGUUCACACGUAGGUCAUUCACCAUUAGAAGAAAUAGCCAGGGGCCUAACUUGGUGCCUUGGGGUACUCCUGAGGGGACAUAUCUCCAUGACGAAAGGGCGUCGGCAAGCUUCACUUUGAUAUCUGUUGGAUAAAAACUCGGUUAUCCAGGAGCACACCUUUCGGGGGUAAUGACGUCAGGUUUUGAAGUUUUUUAAUUAGGAUGGAAUGUCAACUAGGUCAAAUGCCUUUUUAUAAUCAAAAAGAGUUACUCUGACUGUUGCGCCAGAUUUGUCUGUAGCUUGGGACCAUUCAUGGAUCAUUGAGAUUAGGGCAAGCACUGAAGAGGACUUUGGUAUGGCCCCGUACUGAUCCGGAUCUAAUGUAUCCAAUAUAGCAGGCGCUAUGUACUUUGCGAUCACAAAUUCUUCUGCAACUUUAGAGAUUGAUGGCGUCAAGGAGAUCGGUCGCAAAUGUUUGUUGACAUCAGUGGCUGGUUUUACCUUCGGGACUGGGAUGAUGUCAGCAUGUUUCCACAUUGACGGUAAUCUCUGUUCAUCAAAGGAAGAAUUGAUAAUAUUACAGACUGGUUUUGCGAGUAUCUCGGCAUACGUUUUACACAACCAAUUUGGGAUACCAUUUUUUUUUUUAAUUUUAUUUUCCCAUGUACAUUACAAUUAUUAAUAAAUAACUAUUUGGGCUAGAGACCUACUAGAAACCUUUGCAGGCUUUUGUUUCUAGGCCACUAGUCAUGUCGUAUUUUAUAGAUUAUUUUAUUAUUUACAGUAAUUUUUAAGAUAAUAUUAAAUGCAGAAGAAAAGUUUUAUAAGGUACAUAUAUACAAGAUAUUUACAAAUUUGAGGUAUGAAGGGUAAAUACUGUAGUGUUUACAAUAUUAAAAUAAAGAGAUAUACUAGUUAGAUUUUUAUGUGGUAUUAUUUGCCCACGUUAAAUUAAUUAAACGCGUCCACGCCAAGUUAAAAAAGUAAUUGGAACACAAAUAUAUAUGGCAUGGACGCGUCCACGCCAAGUUAAUAAGGUCAUUGGAACAUAAAUAGCUAUACAAUAUAACCUAUAUGUUUAAAUAUUUGUAAUCCAGGCAUAUUAUGAUUUGUGAAAGUUCUUCGGAUUGAUAAUGCUUUCGGUUCUGUCUAUCUAUUCACAAUGUAACCAGUCACUGAAAAACCCUGAUAGGGAGUGUGCUGUGCAAUAUCUGCAGUUCCUUCGACUUGACCUCGUAGCUCAGUUGGUAGAGCAUUGAAUGACUUGUAUGCCAAAGUCGAGGGUUCGAUUCCCACCGUGGUCAGGCAAACUUUUCAGCUUUGACCGGUGCAGAUGCACACUCAGUAACACCACAAGCAUCAUAUUCAACUCAGUACAUAACACCAACACACACAAAAAGUGUCAUUUUGGAUGUUUAUCAAAGCCGUGAUAAGAGCUUUAUUAAAUGAAUCCCCUGAUGCCGGUUAACCGGGCCAGCUCGCCUCAUAUGAACAGACCCUUAGAAACAAGUUAUUUUCUUCACAGAUAUCCUUUUCAACCUCCCAAAGUACAGUUCCUUACACCCAUUUAUCAUCCAAAUAUUGACAAUGCUGGACGGAUUUGCCUUGAUAUAUUGAAAAUGCCACCAAAGGUAUGGUCCAGCCAAUUAUUAGUGUGUGUCUUGUUGACAUUCACCCAUAGACUUUCCACAAAUCGACUGAGUUCACUAGACUUUAUAUACAAACUAAGAAGGAUUUUUGUUGUUUAGAAAGAUUAUGUAUACUAUUUAGUCUAUUAUUUUCUCACUUCCAUUCUAUAUUUACUACCUACAUACCACCAUAAAUCCAUCAUUCAUUCCCACAGCAAAAUAAUGAAAUAAUCAUUAUGUGAAACUGUUAUUCAUUAAAUAUGUUUGAUGCGAAACCAAGAUUAUUCAUAUUGAAAACUAUAGACAUUCUCUGGUUAUAAUAUUUAUUUUUUACAAGCUUUCGACUGUCAGUCUACAGUCUUCAACGGGUAGAUCAUAACCUACCCGCGUUUAAGACUGUAGACUGACAGUCGAAAGCUUGUAAAAAAUAAAUAUUUAUAACCAGAGAACGUCUAUAGUUUUCUAUAUAUGUUAUUCAUUACUCGAUCCGCUCUCGAAAAAUACUUGGCUGUGCAGCAAUUCAUAAACAGAAACACAUAAUUAUUAAAAACAUAUCUUAAAACAACAAUUAAAAUCUACAGAAUUUGAAAAACAUUCAAAAUAUACUAACAAAUACAGUUACUGUACUUGAUUUUGACUAUGAUAAAUUAAACCAUUCAUAAAGAAGUUUCAAGUUUUUCAUAACAAAGGUAUACUUUUGAUUAACGGAUAUGAUGUUACAGUAAGCUGGUUAUUUCCUUAGGGUGGGUGGAAACCGUCAUGGAAUGUGUUGACAGUAUUAAAAUCAGUUCAAUCUCUUAUGGCAGAACCAAAUCCCGACGAUCCGUUAAUGGCAGAAAUAGUAAGUGGUACAGUUAUGAUGAAUAAUCUGAACAUGAUCAGAGGUUUAACAGAGCGUGGAAGAUCGAUCUGAGACGAGAUCAUCAUAUCUAUAAUAUGUUAGUGUAUGACUCUACAACCAGUUGCUUCCGCCUUAGGUGUGCAUUAACUCCAUGUUAUGAAAUUAGUUUUUCGAGUCGCGCAGUCAUAGAGAGAUACGUUUACUUUUAAAUUACUAUAACCAGUUCUUAAAUUUAGAAUAAGACGUUCUGCAAAAUCACUGAACUUUUGUCUUCCGGAAGAAUAGAAUAGUUUCAUUUUCCACUUCGUUGGAACAAAUCUUGUUUCGAAACUUGUUUAAUGAUUUCCUGCUUCUUAAUUGUUAUAAAUUAACUUGCAGUCUGAACAGUUCAAGUACCAAAGGGAAGAAUUUAAUACAACCGCUGAACGAUGGACCAAAAAGCAUGCAGUUUCAAAUGUGGGAAAUCCAACAACCGAACGCCAGGUAUUAUGCAUACAUUUCUUUGUCGUAAAUUUAUUGGGCUCGAAUAUUAUAACUAUGUGUGAAUAUCAUAAACUGCGCUGAAAGACCUAUUCUGUUUAAAAGGAACCGUUAAAAUUCGAGGUGAAUGACUCUGGAUGCAGUAAUUUGUCAACUGUAAUAGAAAAUAGAGCGUUAGUCGACACAACGAACAAUGAAACAAACGUUCCUGUGUCAAAAUGCCAUGCAAGUAAAAGACUGGCGGAACACGAUGGAUUUCCUCGACCAACGAAAGUUGUUAAAUACCAAUGAUUAUGUAGAAAUUAUACUGUAUGCAUAGAAUUGAUUUAUCAGUGCAGUGUAUGAGGUAUUAAUGGAGACAUUUUUAACGCUGGAUAUAUUUCAUCAAAAACCCAACAGCAAAGAACUGCCUCAGGCUCAACGCAUUGCUCAUGCAGUCAUGCACGAGGGGAGUUUUUUCUUUGUCUUUAUUUUCCCGCACUCAAUGAUAUGCAGGCUGUUCUUUAUUGAUUUGAUGUUAUUUCGUCGUUUUAAUAACCGCCUCCCUCCCGUAGUAAGUUUACUCUUAACAAAUGCGCGGAAUUCUUGCAAUGAAUUGCAAGAUCAAAAGCCAGGUCUUGAUUGUUUGAUUGUAUUAGUUAUUUAUACAGUACGCAUAACGCGAAUAAUUGGAUUAUAUUAGUUACAUACUGUAAAUACGAUUGGAUAAAAUUGAACAAAUUGGUGGAUUCAAAUAUAAAUGAGAUUUUGUAUACCCCGACAAUCCGGCCGUUGUCUUUAGUUUUGGCAACAACUACGAAUAGGAGAUUUUUCCUUUGUGACCAGUCACAUCGCGACUACUUCCAGCCAGAAAUGAUAAUUAUACGUAUUUUAUGUAAUACAUGCACUAUAUUGGAAUGGAAAGAUAGGAAAUGGAUUACAUUGUGUUUUAUUCAGUAUAUUAGUUUCUUAUUUUAUUAUUAUAUAUUUGUAUUAUUACUCCAUUAUUAUUACUAUAUUAUUAUGCCCUUGUCGUUUGAAAUUGGUUGUCGAUUAAAUCCGUGAUUUGCGUCGAUGAUGGAGCGAGGUUGUCUAAACGCUGCAAAAUACCACGAACUGUUGGUCGUUCCUUUGGAUCAACUUUUAUCAUGCUUAGAAUUAAAUUAUUCAGAUCCAUUGAGUAGUAACUAAA